AUGGCCGAGGCAACUGGAACUUCCGAGGGCCAAAAGCUUGCCAUAGAUGUUCAUGUAAAAUAUGUCCUGAGCUUGGACACCAAGACCGAUGAGCUGGAUUACUGGAUGACUGAGCACCUACGGCUAAACGGUGCAUAUUGGGGCCUGUCUGCACUCCAUUUCCUCGGUCACCCUGAGGCUCUGCCGCGCAAGGACACCAUCGACUUUGUUCUCUCCUGUCAGCACGACAAUGGUGGCUUUGGAGCUGCUCCUGGACAUGAUGCUCACAUGCUCUCCACGGUAAGUGCCGUGCAGAUUCUCGCCAUGGUUGAUGGCUUCGAUGAGCUGGAAGCACGAGGGAAGGGAAAGGCCGUUGUUGGCAAGUUUAUAGCAGACCUUCAAAAUCCCGAGAGUGGAAGCUUCUUUGGCGAUGAGUGGGGUGAAGAGGACACACGAUUUCUAUACGGCGCCCUCAACGCCCUAUCUCUACUGGGUCUUUUGUCUCUUGUAGACGUUGAUAAAGCCGUCGCUCACGUCGUCUCUUGCACAAACUUUGACGGCGGCUAUGGGGCCAAGCCAGGGGCAGAGUCUCACGCUGCCCAAGUCUUUACCUGCGUCGCUGCCCUCGCCAUCGCUGGACGCCUUGACCUUGUAGAGCACGCGAAGCUCGGCCGCUGGCUGAGCGAGAGACAGCUUCCAGGAGGCGGGCUCAACGGCCGGCCCGAGAAGCAGGAGGACGUUUGCUACAGUUGGUGGGUAUUGAGCAGCCUUGCCAUUAUCGACCGGGUCCACUGGAUCGAACGACAGGCGCUCAUCAACUUCAUCCUGAACUGCCAAGAUCCCGAUAACGGCGGCUUUUCCGACAGACCCGGCAACAUGGUGGACGUUUGGCACACGUGCUUCGGCGCCGCAGGGCUGAGCUUACUUGGGUACCCUGGCAUGGAACCUGUGGAUCCGAGAUAUUGCAUGCCCAAGAAGAUUGUGGCGAGAGUCCUAGGGGAAUGA